AUGGACGCCGGCAAAGAAUCAGCAUCAGCGAUGGCGGCGGGGGCGGGGGUGGCAUCGGCGAUGGAGCUGGACUUGUCGCGCGGCGGCGUGGUGCCCAGCUUCGACUUCGCGUUCGAUUCGGCCACCUUCUCCGACAGGGUGCUGCGGAUAGAGAUCGGCACCGUCAGCCCCGCGCCGGGAUCUGGCGGAGGAUCCGCCGCCGACCAGGAGCGCCGCCGCGAAGAGGAAGGUGAGAAAGAACAGAGUGUUGACUCUUCAUCGAUGAUGGUGGGCAGACCACUUUUACGAGAAAAAAACAUGCAUAUCAAUUCAGCGAUUCUUGCUUCAAGAAGUCCUUUCUUUCUAAAGUUUUUCUCAAAUGGCAUGAAAGAAUCUGAUCAGACGAAUCCAACAAUUAGGAUUACUGAUUCAGAGGAAAAUGCUUUUAUGGAGCUCUUAAGCUAUAUGUACAGUGGAAAGUUGACUAUAGCUGAGCCCACUCGUCUGCUCGACAUCUUGAUGGCUGCAGAUAAGUUCGAGGUUCUUUCUUGCAUGAGGCAUUGUAGUCAGCUGCUCAUAAGCUUGCCUAUGACCACAGAAUCUGCACUGAUCUACAUAGACCAUCCUUGUUCCGUUUCAGUGGUCAAUGAAGUUCGGCCUUUCAUAGAUGCAGCCAAGGAAUUCCUUGCGAACAAAUACAAGGAUUUUUAUGAGUUUAAAAGCGAGCUGAUGAACAUUUCUCUUGCUGGGAUAAAAGCCAUAUUUUCAAGUACUGACGUACAAGUGGAAACUGAAGAUGACAUAUAUUACUUCAUGCUUGACUGGGCCCGUGCACGAUACGUAGAAUUGGAGGAAAGACGUAAGAUCUUGAGUUCUCGCUUACUUCCUCUGGUACGCUUCAGUCAUAUGACGUGUGUGACACUUCAGGAGAUAUUAGCAAGCACUGAUAAUGAUAUAGAUCGCGAGCAAGUAACUCAUCGUAUUGCUGAGGCACUUCUACCCAAGGCUUACCCAAAGCAGAUGGAAGGUGCUCUUGCAGCAGAGGUAACAACCUGUUCGCGAUUUGCUGAGCGAGCGUACGAGUACAAACCUGUGAAAUUGAUUGCGUUUGAUCAACCCUGCCCACAGAUUAUAGUUUACUUGGAUCUAACACGCGAGGAGUGCUCUAAACUCUUCCCGUCUGGGCGUAUAUGCCCGCACCCAUUCCGGCUUCUAGGAUGGGGCUUUUAUCUGAUGGCAACCUGUGAAAUGGAUGAGCAGAGUAAGUUGUGCAGCUUUGGCCUCUGGUUAGGGGUCGCCAAAAAUAUGAAGGGAUCGUCAUGUUUCGAGGUAGAUUACGAGUUUGCUGCAAGGAAAAGAUCGUCAGGGCAGUUUGUGCGCAAGUUGGAGGGUAAGAUCUCCAUCGCUGAUGAGACACAUGGAUGCAGUGAUCUAUUUGGGAUUCCAUGGUCGACGUUCAUUGCCAACGACAACCUCUUCAUCAACGGCGUGCUACAUCUGAGAGCUGAUUUGAGGGUGUUGCUGGGGCAGCCAAAACUGCAAGCUUGA